AUGUUAAAAAAACACCCGACAGAUCUGUAUAAACUGGCAGAAUCGGAACCUCAGUCGGAAAUAGAAUUCUUUCGCUCACUAAAACUAAUAAAUGGAAUUAAUGGUGCUGAAGGAGCAUUGUUCAUUAUGAUGAUGGGGAGACCGGAGGAUCUUGAUCAGUUAGAAAUUACUCGUGAGCAAAUAAACAACCACCACAUUCCAGGAGCGAUUUCACAGAUUUAUGGUGCAGACAAGAAAGUGCCAAACUCUGUGAAACAACUGCUAAUUGCUGAAUAUACGGAUUGGGAAAGUCCUGAUGAUCCUAAGAGGUUACGCGAACAAGUAUUGCGACUUAACGGAGAUACUUACUUCAAUGUUUCAGGGAUAGAAAUGAGUCGGAUUCAUGCUAAUGCAUCAAAUGUGGACAGCUAUGUUUAUAAUUUUAUCCCCCAGCUUCAUAAACGAUCACUUCCAACCCCAGCUUUGGUCAAGAAGGCAGUCCGUGGCGAUGAAAUUGCGCCGCUGUUUGUUUACAAUUUUGUGAUAUAUAAAGAUAAGACUGACCUUCCUCCACAGUGGGAGUAUGAUCUUUCCAGGAGAAUGAUAACAUACUGGACCAAUUUUGCCAAAUCUGGAGAUCCUAACAAACCAGUUCGCAAUGCAUCACCAUCAUUGAUUUGGCCAAAGUACAGCAUGACCUCACAGAAAUACACGAUACUGGACAAAGAAGAUACCGUUAGACAGUUUUUAUAUGCUCGGGAAUUUGCCUUUUGGCGAAAUACACUGCCAGCUUUGUUUGGUGAAGCUGAGCGUGCGCAAACAUUAACAUCAGAAUAUGGAAAUCAGGUGGACGAAUCCUGCGAAAAAGACGGAAAUUGUGACGGAGGAUAGUUGACACAAUAAUGUAUCCAUAUUGUAGAAUCAGUAAAAUAUAAAAGUGACUGGACUUUUAAUGCCAAACUCAAAAUUAAUUAUUUCUGAUGCAGUAGUAUUUGAUUAUAUUUUUUCUCAUAGUUCUAGCAUAAAACUUGGUUUUUGAUGUUUUCAGAAGAGUAAA